UGCAACGCUAUGUUUGCAUGCAGAGAGACCCAUAUCAUAAAUAGGCUACACUUUGAACGGAGUCUGUUGCCAGUUAUGCAUCUGAAUUAAUGAAGUUAAAAAUAACCUCAAGAGUUAGAGUAGCCUACACUUCAAAAUGUGAUAAAUUGUUAAUAGCGGAAGCAGCAUCAACUAUACAGCCUACAAAGUAAAAUACUAAUAAUAUGUGAUUUCUAAUAAAGAGGAUCAAUAAUCAAGAGGAGGGCAAAUAUUAUACUUUCAUAAUAAAAUUAUGCAUAAUGCAUUAUUGUAUUUUACAGUUACCACAUCAUAAUUAUAUUAAACUCCUAACAACGGUACUAAGCUAAUGAAAGAGCCUACAACAUUUCAAAUAUUGAUGUUCUUUAAAAAAAAAACAAUAAUAAUACUAAUAUCAAUAUUUUAAAAUGUUAUACCCCUUUAUGGGUGAACCUUAAGGCGUAACACUGUUUUUCGUAUUAUCAAUGCAAUGACAUUAGAUUUUUUGCCAUAAAGGCGUGCGACCUUGACCCCACAUACCAUGCACGCUGUGUCCAUUGCUAGACCGGAUCCCGUAGUUUUGAGAAAAAUAAGUUAUUGCUCUUAAAGGGGUAGCUGAGAAGGUGGAAGAGGCUAUGGCAGUGGUAGUAAGGGUCGGGUUGUAGGGUGGGGGUGGGGGGGGGGGGCGAGAUGGUGAGGAGAAGGAGGAGGAGGGGAAGAGAUAAGUGAUCUAAAGGGGAGACGAUAGGACAAAAAGUGAUGAUGAUGAAUACAUUGGAAAGUUUUUUGGCCCCGACGAGGGUGUCAGAUUGAAUGGCCUGUGCGCAUGUGCGAAGGUGUCCAAACUGACAAUGCUUGUGAGAUGAAGAUAGUGUUGUUGCUGCUUCUGGGCUCACGGAGGACGAGAGGAAUCUACAAGCCGACACGAUGAGAUCCAAGGCGAGGGCGAGAAAACUGGCCAAAAAUGACAGUGAGCCAGUCGACAGCAUGUACGAGACAGCGCCCGGCCUCCAGGGGGCGCCGUCAGGGGGAGGAGGCGGCGGCGGCGACAGCGGCGAGGACGAGAACGAAGACGGCGUUGUGUCCCCCGUUCCCAUGGAGGGGCACCCCGCCACGUCCCCCCAGCACCCCAACAACCACCUGCACCCCCACCUGCACCCCCACCCCCUCCACCACCUCCACCACCACAGCAACAACAGCAACAGCAAUGACGAGGACUUCACACCCAAGGAGGGCUCACCCUACGAGGUGCCUGUCUACAUUCCCGAUGACAUUCCCAUCCCCAGUGACCUGGAGCUGCGGGAGUCCUCGGUCCCCGGAGCCGGUCUGGGGAUAUGGGUCAAGAGCCGCAUCACGACGGGCGAAACGUUCGGGCCGCCCAGCGGACUGCAGAGCACCACGGAAAAAGACGGCUCCUUUGGAUGGGCGCAGAUGGUGAGUGACCAUGAGGCAACCUCCCCUGAUAGCUGCAUCAAAAAGGUGGUGGAUGACAUGGGCAAUGUCAAGUUUUGUGUGGACCCAGGCUCAGACGCAGCCAGUGGCAGCUGGCUCAAGUACGUCCGCACCGCCCCCUCCUUUGACGAGCAGAACUUGGCUGUCUGUCACCUCAGUGGAGACCAGAUUUAUUAUAAAGCUAUUAGGGAUAUUGAAGUCGGGGAGGAGCUUCUGGUUUAUAUGAAGGACGGAAUUUUCCCCGAGGGAUCGAUGGCACCGAAUCUAGAAGACGAGCAGAUGUACCGCUGCGAGGACUGUGACGAGUUGUUCACCUCGGCCCUGGAGCUGCGGCGGCACCAGAAGUACUCGUGCUCCAGCGCUGGCUCCAUCUUCGACACGCUCAGUGAAGACUUCAAGCAGGAGCGUGAGGAUAGCGAUGAGGCCAUCCACGAGUGCAAAGACUGCGAGAAGAUCUUCCCCAAUGAGUACAGUCUGGGCCAGCACAUGAUCGUACACACAGAGGAGAGAGAGUACAAGUGUGACCAGUGUCCCAAGGCCUUCAACUGGAAGUCCAACCUCAUUCGCCACCAGAUGUCCCACGACAGCGGCAAGCGCUUUGAGUGUGAAAACUGUGAUAAGGUACAGCACACACACCACGUGUUCACUGACCCUAGCAACCUGCAGCGCCACAUCCGCUCCCAACACGUAGGGGCGCGUGCCCACACCUGCCCUGAGUGUGGCAAGACGUUCGCCACCUCCUCAGGCCUCAAGCAGCACAAGCAUAUCCACAGCAGUGUCAAACCCUUCAUCUGCCCUUGUGGGCUGUGUCCUGUUCCCCCAGGCGAGGUGUGCCACAAGUCCUACACACAGUUCUCCAACCUCUGCCGUCACAAGCGCAUGCAUGCCGACUGUCGCACACAGAUCAAGUGCAAGGACUGCGGCCAGAUGUUCAGCACUACCUCCUCCCUCAACAAGCACCGGCGGUUCUGUGAGGGCAAGAACCAUUAUGGUGCUCCGGGGGGCAUGUUUACUACGGGCAUACCCAUGAGUUCCAGCCCCAUCAUGGCCAAGUCCAAGUCCCACCAUCCCCAUCUCCCGGGCCUCAACCACUCGGGCCUGGGCUUCGCCGACUACUUCCCCUCUCGACCUCACCCUCACGCUGGGCUACACUUCUCCACUGGCCACCCUGGCUUCCCCUCCCUCUCACAUGGCUUCCCAGGCAUCUUCCCUCCAUCACUGUACCCCCGGCCUCCAUUACUGCCCCCCAGCCCACUCCUGAAGAGCCCCCUUGGAGGCAGCCAGGACGGCAAGCUGCCCAGAAGCCCCUUAGACAUCCCUCCACUGUCCCUGGUCAACUCCAUGAACAGUAGCAAUGGAGGAGGUGGCCUCGGUGGAGGUCAGGGAGAGAGCAAGGAGGCCAAGCUGGACCUGUCCUCCUAUGGGGAGGCGAAAGCCAAGAACAAGAUGGCGGACCUCUCAGACGGCAGCGAUCUAGAAGACGUUAACACCACGAGUGGCACGGACCUGGACACCACCACUGGCACCGCGUCAGGCUCCGACCUGGACAGUGAUGGUGAGAGCGAGCGUGAGCGAAGCGGCAAGAGGAGGAAGUCUUCGGGCACGACGGCAGGACAAGAGGCUGGCCGUACAGACGACAUGAGCAGUGGUUCCAUCUCAGCCGUGUCCAGCUCAGGCAACCUGGCCUGCGACCGCCCCUUCCUCUCCUCCGCCUCUUCCCAGCAUUCCUUCUUCCCACCACCAGACGAGCAAGCGCUACCUCCCACCGGUGCAAACGCAGCCACUGACUCCAUCAAGGCCAUCGCCUCCAUCGCUGAGAAGUACUUUGGUUCAGGCCUAAUGGGCCUGCAAGAGAAGAAGAUGGGUCCUCUGCCCUACCAUUCCAUGUUCCCCUUCCAGUUCCUGCCCAACUUCCCCCACUCCCUCUACCCCUUCACUACAGACCGAGGAACUCUCAACCCUAGCAUGUUUUUCAAGUCCGAGCCCAAGUCGCCCCGCGAGCAGCUGCACAAGAUAGUCAGUGAGGGGCCAGGUGCCACCCCUACAGGGGAGUCACCCUUCGACCUCACCACAAAGUCCAAGGAGGCCAAGACCACCCCUCCCACCCCUACCAAGCCCGCUCCUCCAAGCAGCGGCAGUGGGCCCAACCCACCUACGGGUGGGGAGGAGCAGCCACUGGACCUCAGCAUCAGCAACCGUAGUCGGUCCAGCCACAACGGAGUCUCCUCAGAGCAGCAUAACCGCAAGAACAAUGCCUAUACUGGCAAGGGGGGUCUUAACAAGGAUGAUCACCUAGGCAGCCACCUGCACCACCAGUCCCAGCACGCCCAGGCCUUGCUCCAGCCUACCCUGCACCAGCAAUCCCUGGCCCAGCCGCCCCAGCAGCCCCCCCUGCACUACGCCAAGCCCUCACCCUUCUUCAUGGACCCCAUAUACAGCAGGGUGGAGAAGAGGAAGCUACUAGACCCAGUAGGAGCUCUGAAAGAGAAAUACCUGAGGCCGUCCCCUCUACUCUUCCACCCACAGAUGUCAGCCAUGGAGAACAUGACCGAGAAGCUAGAAAGCUAUGGAGCCCUAAAACUGGAUGCCCCGCCCAACUCACUGCAGCACUCAGCCCACCCGCUCUUUAACUUCCGCUCGCCACCCCCAUCCCUCUCCGACGCCAUCCUCCGCAAGGGCAAGGAGCGCUACACCUGCAGGUACUGUGGGAAGAUCUUCCCCAGGUCAGCUAACCUCACCAGGCACUUACGAACACACACAGGGGAGCAACCCUAUAGGUGUAAGUACUGUGACCGCUCCUUCAGCAUCUCCUCCAACCUCCAGCGACACGUGCGCAACAUCCACAACAAGGAGAAGCCCUUCAAGUGUCACCUGUGCAACCGUUGCUUUGGCCAGCAGACCAACCUGGACCGCCAUCUCAAGAAGCACGAGCACGAGAACAUUCCUGUGAGUCAACACUCUGGGAUCCUCUCCAAUCUGGGAACCAACAUCUCCUCCCCCAACUCCGAGCCAGACAAUCAUGCACUUUUAGAUGAGAAGGAGGAUUCCUACUUCUCGGAAAUCCGGAACUUCAUUUCCAACAGCGAGCUAAACCAGGCGUCCAGCUCCACAGACAAAAGGUCAGACCCUCAGGAAGAGGAGCGUCCUCAGAGCCACAGCCUAUCCAACUCCAAGCUGGGGGUCCGGGGGCUGGAGGACGAAGAGGAGGAGGCAGAGGGCGAUGAUGAGGAAGAGGAGGAAGGCAGCCUGACGGAGAAGUCUCAAGAUGAGGUGCCAGAGUCCCCCUCCCCGGUCGCCAUGACGGCAGGGGCGUAUGAGGAGGAGGAUGAGGAGGAGGCAGCUCCACUGGCCAUGAGCUACGAACACACCCGCAGGUGUAUAGAGGAGGAGGGCUCCCUGUUGGACCUGGAGGGCCUCCCCAGCUUCCCCAAGGGCCUGGAGGCGCUACGUAAGGCCAGCGAGGAGCCCCCUUUUGACGUUAAAGACAUAUUUAACACCUCGCUAGAGUCGGAGGCUUUGAAAGAAACGCUGUACAGGCAGGCUAAAACCCAGGCUUAUGCAAUGAUGCUGUCUCUGUCAGAGAACAACCCUUUGCACGCAUCCUCCCAGAACUCUCUGGACGCAUGGCUGGGCAUGGGGAGCGGUCCGUCAGAGACGAGCAGCUUUCACCCACUCAACCACAUCUAGGAGAGAGAGAUGGAGGAAAGGAGGCAAGGAGGCAAGGAGCAGGGGACAGUAGUAACACAAUGAAGAGAACCAGACACUGAGAGAAAAAAGACAAAGAGGCUGGGAGAUGAAAGAGAAUUCAACAUUACACACUUUUAUGCCCGAGAAGACAGGACUUGUGCAGGGGAGCGUGUGUUUGUGUGUAUGCGUGUGUGUGUUUGUUUGUGAGAUGAUGUCUGUGUGUGUGUGACGGGCCUCACAGAUUGACAGACUCUCGUAGAGAGCUAGCACUGCCCAGCCCCAGUAGAUGUGAAGGACAUGAACACACACAUCUCAACCAGCUGUGCUGUUCUCCAACUCCAAUCUACAAAACCCACUCAGUCACUAUGGAGCCCUAUGGAACACAUUCACAUGGAUGGUCAAGUAUGAGUGUUUCACCCAGAGACUAUGUCUAAAUCCACACAGUCUACCACAACAACACCCAGUUAGAAAAUAUUUGGAAUGUGUUUACUGCAUGUCCAUGGGGUAGUGCUCUUUCAACAGGUGGAAGGAGCAACAAUAGCCACAUGGUGGGCGUGUACAAGUGAGUCGCAUAAACCCCAUGUUAUGUCUCAUUUCUUCAUGCUCUUCGUUGCUGUUUCAACUAUAACUACAGAAUAAAUUAUGUCACAAUACAAUACAUUCUGGGUUUUGUUACGUAGUACCAGACGAUGUAUAUGGCUGAUUUUAAAUGAUAAUGUUAUAAUGAUACCCAUACACAAUGUUUGUUGCAGAGGACAAAUUCUCAGUUUAAAUUUUUUUUCCAGUUUGAUUGAGUUAUCGGAUGACAAAUUAGGUUGGAAUGACAUUUCUUACUUGGUUGUUCAUGCUAUUUGUUAAUUUUAUUUUCCAUUUCAUGUUUUUUUUCCCAUUUAUUGUAUUUGUUAAAACAGUAUUGUUUCUUUUAGGCACUUCUGUGCUAAAAUGUUAAUAUAAUUAUUUGUAGUGAAGGACCAAAUUGUAUGAUAUUGUUGUAUGAUGUACAAAAUAACCUAGACGUUCAUAGCAAGAGUGGUAUGUGCCAAAUAACCCAUAGAAAAUGUUUUGUUUUCUGACAAUCAUUUCUUUUUCAAGGGGUUUGCAUUGCUGUCAUAGUCGUUUUGUUGUUAUUACCCUCUUAUGUAUUUGAUUUCAAGAGUGUGUGUAUUCAUUUAUUUAUUUUGGUUUUGUCCUAAUUGGAGAAGAGUGACAAAUGAAAGAAAAAAAAGUAAUUUUAUCCCUCUUUACUUGUUGCUGAAGGAAUGAACAUCAAACAAGACAUGAUUGAGAUUCUGAAUCUUUGGUUUUGGCUGUGUUUGUGUAUAGAGCAGUGUGCCAAAAUGGAAACAACCCACAAAAUCACCUGUUUAAUUUAUAGUGACAGUAUAGUUCAAGGUAGUUUAAAUCAUGUUUUGAAAUGUUGUGUCUUUUGUAAGGUUUGGUUUGUCUUGCUUCAGUUCAACCAUUUCAAGCAGUAUGCUUAGUGUUUUGUGUUCAAAAUGGUUGAAGUCUUACAGCUGCAGUUUUAGGCAGCCUUCCCAAUUGUCAGGUGACUUGGCCGCUGGGGGAUUGUAUGUUUUUGUUAAAUUACUAAUCAAAAGUUUUGUAGGCAAAUCGAUGUCAUACAACUAAGAUAGAGAUCUCACUAAAUUACUUUAACAUCUCAAUUACUUUUGCCUCAAUUCCUACUGCAGAAGUUAUUCUACUUUUAAAUGCAAAUAUUCUUUAUCAAUUCAAAUGCCUAGUGGUAUAUAGUGUUGACUCAAGACGUUUCAUCUUAAGUCAGAAGCAAUGGAAAACUCGUCAUUUUUUUCAUUGUUAGAAUGUUUAUCUGGGAUUUGGCCUUAACUAUGGUUGAUUCAGAUCAGAGAGUGGUUUUAGUAUCUGUCAGGGGGUUUAGACCCAAUACUUGAACUGUGAAAGCAGCAACUCUAUAGUCCAGUACACCCAGCAUCCUUGGAAAAAUGAUAAAUACACAUAAUCUUUAGGUCUUACAGAACCCAAGCAUUAUGACACUCAGACACAACUAAGAUCAAAUCAACCUUUGGCUAAAUUGCCUGGGUGAGUGUCUAUGCUCCUGAAAGACCCAAAACAUGUCUGAUAAUGUGUCCAAGAGCAUUGAGAAGUGUAUUUAUUCAAUCUAUUUUCUUCAAUUUCAGAUUUUUUAUGAUUACCUAUCACCUUGUCACCCCAUCUUUUUGGGACCAUUUCACAAAAUGGAUCCUAAUGUAGAGAUGGCACUUAUAAUAUGAAUAAUCAUGUGAUAGUAACCUGCCAUGUGUUCUGUAGCCUUGGCUUAGGUGUAUUACUACUUUCAGGACAAGACAUUAUAAUGUAUGUUCAGGCCAGCACUUAAACACAUGGGUCCAAAUAUCAAACUCUGUAUGGUCUCUGAAGCAAGGUGGGAAUUUUCAAGACUGCUUUUAGGUGGAAUGGUCAACUUACAGUCAAAAUGACUUUUGAAAAAAAAAAAAAAACAUGAACUGAAGCACUGUAAUUUUCAUUUUUGACAGCAGAUGGCAGGGUUAUGCUAGUCUUGCUGUGUUGUUCCAGGGGUCUCUCUUUUAUACUCUACUAAAUGGGGACUCACAAUUAACACAUUGUUUUGCAAUACAUGAUUGUUAACUGCAAAGCCUGGGGUUACUAAAUAUUUAGGUAUACUAUGUAUGGAGUAAUUCAUGUCAUGUACUACUGUAAAAGUGCGCGCUGUCGGUUGUAGAAUAUUGGAUUCACAUUUGAAAAAUAUCCCAUUACCAAUGUUUCAGAGGAUGCUGGCAGAAGUUCAAAAACUGAUAACUUUAGAACAUGGUUGCUGUUCUUUCCCCAAUGUUACAAGAUGAAGUAAAAAAAAAAAAGAAUAUGGUUUCUUUUUAACUGUAUAGUAUUUUAAAAAGAAAUAUGUUGCAUAUGUCUGAAAAAUUCAUUGAAAAAAUAUGGGUUUAAAUGGAUGGUGCUCGUUUAGUUUGAACCUGAGUUGUAUAUCGCCUCUGUUAUGUUUAUUGAGACAAAAAAAGAAAAAGAUAUUGUGCAUGACGUGUUUAGCAGUCAUAAUGGUCCAUUUGUGAAACGUGUAUCUUAAAUUUAAAAAAUAAAUAAAAAUAAUGAAUCUGUAGAUGCACUUAUUGUACAUGUGGUUAGGUUAGUAGAUUUGACUUCAAGUCCUUGACUGCCUCUAACUAAUGUAUCAGGCAGGUGGUUCUGAUAUACAGGACAUUUGUGGGAGAGACAUAAUAAAAAAAUGAAAGGAUUGUAGAAUAAUAUUGAACAAUUCUUAAAUUGCAGUUCUUUUGAUGCUUGUGAUUAUUGAAGAUGUACUUUAGAGAAAUUUCAUGGAAAAGAUAUGAUUCUGAUGUUAAUUCUGUAGAAUAGAAAUGUAUACCAAAUGUAAUCUUUCCAAUGCUAUGAAGAAUUUAUACAUGAAAUUGAUAUGCAAUAAAACCUGUGUGCUUUUUA